UCCAGGGCCCACGAAUUUAGCUCAGAUUAAAGACGACAUUUUGUCAACUGCAGAAUCUUUCUUCUCUAACUUCCGGUGAGAGAGUUGUUGGAACUUGUCUGGAGUGGACACAACACAAUUGGAGCAAUGUCGGGACAAAAUGAAAUUUUGUCGAAGGCCGAAGAUGUUGCCGACAAGGUCACCCGGAGCUCUAAACACAUCCUACCCCACUUGGCCAGGUUUUGUCUCGUCUCAACCUUCUUCGAGGACGGAGUAAGAAUGUGGGUUCAGUGGUCAGAGCAGAGGGAGUACAUGGAUAUAUCUUGGGGAUGUGGUUGGUUUAUCGCCACCCUGUUCGUGUGUAUCAACCUGGUGGGUCAACUGGGUGCUGUAGCGAUGGUUCUAACCAGAUACAAGGUUGAUAUCGCCUGCGGGGUUCUUUUCUUCAUCGUUGUACUCCAGACUAUAGCGUACAGUAUCCUAUGGGAUAUCCAGUUCCUGUUCCGAAACCUUGCUCUGAUCGGGGCACUGCUCCUAGUCCUGGCGGAGUCUAGGGUUGAAGGGAAAUCUCUGUUUGCCGGAGUUCCAUCCCUAGGAGAGAACAAACCCAAGAUGUAUCUCCAGUUGGCUGGUCGUGUUCUACUAGUCUUCAUGUUCCUUACUCUUCUACGCUUCGAGGCUUCAGCAAUGCAGAUUGUGCAAAACCUGGUUGGAUCUCUCCUGAUGGUUCUGGUAGCUGUAGGAUACAAGACGAAGCUGAGUGCCCUGGUCCUGGUCACCAAAAAUGUACGGAUCUUUAAAAAAAUGUACGGAUUGGUUUAAAAAAAUGUACGGAUUGUACGGAUUUUUUAAAAAAAAAUUGUACGGAUUACCCUCUCUGUGAUUGGAGGCCUACUGAUGGUGGUAUCCCUGGGUCCAGGAGGAGUAUCUAUGGAUGAAUCUAAGAAGAAAUGGUAAAAUCUCAAGUCCUGCGUCACAAAGCAUUUAUCUCCUUCAAUGACUGUUCCUGAGUGUUGUGAAACAUAUCUCAGAUCCUUCUCAUCCAACCUUUCUCAGCUCCGGGGUCCAUGUUAGAAUAAUUCAAGGAUCAUACAUAGCUUCCUCUUCUACCCGGAGUAAGGUUUCAAGAUUUCUAAUGAAUCAGCUUUCUCUCUUUAUAAAAAUCAAAAAUUAAUUAAUGUUAAAUCAAUGUCCUUAUUUUAAUUAAAAACGUGGUUCCUUUUUUGAAAUAAUCUUCUCUUCAUUCCUUAAUUCCUACUUUACCCUUCACCGCCGUCAGAGCUUAACCCAGUUGGACGGUGUUGUCCUUGUAAGUACAGUUGCCAAUGUGAUUUAUAUGUUUACGAGCUGUGAAAAGUAAAUUUUACCAGAUGUUCUUUUAUUUUUAGGGUUUGGGUUAACUUCCAACAGAUUUAUCUUUAUUAUUUAAUAAAUGUUUUAUUGUGUGCUGACAGCCGUUUGUUAUGAAACUUGUAAUAUGUAUUUAUUAAAUGUGUUUUUAUAUUAAAACUGGUUUCUCUUUUA